AUGCCUGAGGAAUUCCUUCAAACAAAAGAGGAUGAAAAGUGUCUAAGAAUGCUACAGAUCAAGGAGGAGUAUCUGAAACAGGAGAUUGGCGUGCUACGGAAUGAGCUGGGACGAGCCAAGGAGGAGAUAAAUCGCGUCAGAAGUGUCCCACUGCUAAUGGGGCAGUUUCUGGAGGCAAUUGACAGGAAUACGGCAAUCGUAAGCAGCUCAGCCUGCACGAAUGCGGUGGUGAAGAUCCUCAGCACCGUGGACAGGGAGCUGCUCCUUCCAAACACGAGUGUCGCUCUCCAUCGCCACAGCUCUGCCAUCGUGGACGUGCUUCCUCCUGAGGCCGAUACCACAAUUCCAGUUGUGGGAGAAGAAGAGAGGCCUGACGUCACCUACGACGACAUUGGUGGAAUGGACGUGCAGAAGCAGGAGAUACGCGAGUGCGUGGAGCUGCCACUGGUGCUGUUUGCUCGCUACAGGGCCAUUGGCAUCGAGCCACCACGGGGUGUGCUGCUCUACGGGCCACCUGGAACUGGGAAGACGAUGCUGGUGAAGGCAGUUGCAAACCAGGCCAAGGCGACUUUCAUCAAAGUGAAUGGAUCCGAAUUCAUCCAGAAAUACCUGGGAGAGGGGCCAAGGAUGGUACGAGACGUAUUCCGCCUUGCGAGAGAGAAGGCACCUUCGAUCAUUUUUAUUGAUGAAAUUGAUUCGAUUGCGACAAAGAGGUUUGACGCAUCGACGUCAGCAGACAGGGAGGUGCAACGUGUUCUGAUUGAGCUGCUGAACCAGAUGGAUGGGUUUGAUCAGAGCAGCAACGUGAAGGUGAUCAUGGCCACGAAUAGGCCCGAUUCAAUUGAUCCAGCACUGUUGAGACCAGGGCGUCUUGAUCGUAAGAUCGAGUUUCCACUACCAGACAAAAGGCAGAAGAGGCUUGUUCUGGCAACGAUCACGAACAAAAUGGCAUUGCAUGAGGAGGUGGCAUUGGAGGAGUUUGUUGGAAGACCAGACAGGCUCAGCUGUGCCGAUUUGAAUGCAAUUUGUCAGGAAGCAGGGAUGCUGGCUGUGAGGGCAUCCAGGUACGAAAUAAUGCAAUGUGACUUCGAGGAGGCGUACAGCAGGGUUGUAGACAGAAAGGACAGCAAGUUACCACUGUAUCACUAA